AUGCUUAUAUUGCCAGAUGUUCGUCAGCCAUCCGAUCAGAUCGGACGUUCCAUACCACACUCUCAACCAAUUAAAUCCGGUGACAGCCACACUCCUUCAAACCCUAUCUAUUUUCUCCUCCCAUCCUCUUCGCACGCAACGACGGCGGCGGCAUCUUCCACAGCGCUGAGAUCCCCUUUGGCAAGCCGGCAUCACGGCGGCACACACUCGAGUAACCUCACAAGAAGCGGGAGGACGGGGAAGGUUCACACCAAGCUCGGCAGCUUCACCAUCUCUCGCAAAGCCAGGACCUCUCUGGCAUUGGUGACGAUAUCUCUUUCUGAUGUCUCUACACGCUUCCUGGCCAGGCUUUGUGCAGCAGCCUGCAGGCUGGGACGCGCCGUGCAUGCUGCUCCUCUCCUUCAUAUCCACAUGGAAGAGAAUUGGUGGAUAAAACAAUAUUGGAGAAGUGCUUGACCAAGGAACAUCAUUUCACCAAGGCGGUUGCAUUGCUUAUUUGCUGAUCGCGGCAUGGUGGAUAGACAAUGUUAGCUGUUUGAAUUAGUGUAGUUUUUAAAUUGAUUCAUCGUCAAUUUGUAAAUUUUUUUAUAUAAACAUAUUUGACCAAAUGGUUGUAAAUCUAUAAUUCAGAAUGCUAUAAUGAAAUUUCACCAUAUUUGUCAUUCAAUGAA